UGUUAAGCGCGCGAAAAAACCCUUUAACAGCGUCAGUCACUCACGCCGUCAACUUCGGACAUACUAGCGGUGGUUUCUUUUCUUUUGGCUGUGCGUUGCCAAUUGAGCUAGGCUACACGAAAAUAAUCUGUUGCCUUGCGGUAGGCCUAAUGGCGGCUAGACCUAAUUCUAAAACAGGUCGUGGUUCUAAGCGAAAGGCAGAGGAUCAUGAUCUAAAAGAAGAUGCACCUUCUUUGGACAACAAGAAAGAAAAGCCUGAAGAUGUGGAGGUUAAAGAAGAAGGCCAAAAAAUUGUUAUUGAACACUGUAAAAGCUGACGAGUGUACGGUCGGAAUGCUGACGCGGUGAAGUCGGCAAUUCAGGCUGCACAUCCAGAUCUGUGUGUGGAACUGAACCCCCAGAAACCUCGUCGAAACAGUUUUGAGAUCACCCUGGUGGAUGCUGGCAAGGAAACGUGUCUGUGGACUGGCAUUAAGAAGGGUCCUCCUCGUAAACUGAAGUUCCCUGACCCUGAAGAAGUCCUGUCUGUCUUGAAGGAGGCAAGAGACGGUAAAUAGAGACCAAUAAGUUGCUAAUGAGAUUCAGAGCACCUGCAUGCGUAAUGAUGGGGAAUGACCAAAAGGAUGCCUUCCCAGUCUCUCCCUUGAUAACCCUGCUGCAGUGUUCGGAACUGAUGAGUAUUUAACAUGUGGUUGUCAAUCUGAUUUCCUCCUUACUGGUUUGUACUGCUGCUGUCUGCGGUAAUGCUUUUGGCUUAGUUUUGUUCUGUAAGAGAAUAGACUUGACUAUUCUCCCUGAUAAACCUUGGGUUGAACACUCCUCAUUAAGUUCUUUUAACUUCCGUAUUAGGUUUGUAACAGUACUGAAUUCCUCCUGUAUAACAUGUGACUGAAGGUGUUUUAACUUAAAUAAAAUGUUCACUUUAAA